CAACCGCACUUCUGGUUGUUGUUCUAACCAAAUAGCAUAGCAUAGCUAAGUUCGAGUUCUGAGAUCCAACGGAUACUCCAAACCGAAGAAACAAACGAAGUUUAGCUAACAGUUGUAUUUUUGCAAACCGAGUAAAAGUUUACGAAUAAAAAGAACCAGUGAUGGUUGUAGCAGUAAAAGUUUACAAGAAAGCCGCGCCAAAUGGAAAGAUCACCGUCUAUCUCGGCAAGCGUGACUUUAUCGACCACGUAGAAUACUGCGAACCGGUCGAUGGAGUCGUCGUGCUGGAUCAGGAUUACCUGCGUGGCCGUCGGGUGUAUGGACAGCUAAUCACCACUUACCGAUAUGGUCGCGAGGAGGAUGAGGUCAUGGGGGUCAAGUUCUCCAAGGAGAUCUGCCUCUGCAAGGAGCAGGUCUACCCGAUGGUGAACUCCAAGAUGGAGAUGACCCCGAUGCAGGAGCGCCUGGUCAAGAAGCUCGGUGCCAACGCGUAUCCGUUCACCUUCCACUUCCCGAACAUGUCGCCUAGCUCGGUCACACUGCAGGCCGGCGAGGAUGACCAGGGUAAACCGCUCGGUGUCGAGUACUCGAUCAAGAUCUACGUCGGCGAAGAGGACGAGGAGAAGGGUCACAAGCGCAGCAGCGUGAAUCUGCUGAUCAAGAAACUCCAGCAUGCUCCGGCUACCCGCGGACGCCGUCUGCCUUCGUCGUUGGUCAGCAAGGGAUUCACUUUCUCGCAGGGCAAGAUCAACCUGGAGGUGACGCUGGAUCGGGAGGUGUACUACCAUGGUGAAAAGAUCGCCGCCAACAUCGUGAUUACUAACAACUCCCGCAAAACGGUCAAGAGCAUCAAGUGCUUCGUUGUGCAGCACUGCGAGGUCACAAUGGUCAACGCCCAGUUCAGCAAACACAUCGCUUCGCUGGAAACUCGUGAAGGUUGCCCGAUCACACCGGGAGCAAGCUUCACCAAGUCGUUCUUCCUGGUCCCGUUGGCUUCCAGCAACAAGGACCGUCGCGGAAUUGCCCUCGACGGACACCUGAAGGACGAGGAUGUCAACUUGGCCUCGUCGACGCUGAUCUGCGAGGGCAAGAACCAUGGUGACGCCAUGGGUAUCGUCAUUUCGUACUCGCUGCGAGUCAAGCUGAACUGUGGAACCCUUGGCGGAGAGCUGCAGACUGACGUUCCCUUCAAGCUGUUGACUCCAGCUCCUGGAACUGCUGAGCGUGAACGCGUCAACGCCAUGAAGAAAAUGAAGUCGAUCGAACGCCACCGCUACGAGAACUCUCACUACGCCGACGAUGACGACAACAUCGUCUUCGAGGACUUCGCUCGUCUGCGAAUGAAUGAGCCAGAAUAAGCUAAUCCUGUCGCAGGUUAGCACUUUCAGUCGCAUGCUUUCAGCUUUUAGUUACAGAUUACGAGCAAUAGUUUCCGUUUAUGUUUUUCAGUGACAGUUUGAAUAGGCCUAUUAUUGUUACGGAAGCACUUUCUAUCGAAAAACUAUUGUCGUUUUCGUUUUUAAAUUGCACUACACUGGUGUAGCGAAAGCUGCACUGAAACCGUUCGUUUUUACCAAUUGCACUACACCAGUGCUACACUUUUUCUGCACCGAUACCACUGGUGUAGCACUCAUCAAAAGUUUGGUGUAGCUCUGUGCAAUGGAAUCGUGUAUUGUAGUCAAUGGUUACUGUUUAUGUUUUCGUCAUUUUUGUUCGUUUAUUCAUGCCUCAGUGUAGCACUGCACCGGUGUAGUGCAAAUUAAAAACGAAAACGCCAUAUGUGAUAUUUCUGAUUGUUGAUUUGCGCUCUGCUUUAAGUUUUUUUUUUUUGAAACAUUUUCUAUAUUUAGUUUUAAAAUGCAAAAAAUGAUGAAAAAAAACAACAAAAAAAUACCAGCAAGUAACAAAACCAGUCUUGAUUCACCGAUUGAUUUUAGAACAAGAACUCAAAUAACUGCGCAGUUGUUUACCAUCACGAGACAAAUAAUUUGCAAACACAUCAAAAUUGAUCAGUCAAUCGAGCAUUCACAAGCCAAGAAACGAUACCAGAAGUGAAACGAACCGAAAUAAUAAUUAAAUAAAGAAAAAAAACAAGACAAAUAAGCUACACACUCGGAACAGCGCUUAUGCGAAGGACUCCGGCCGGUCCGGUGCUUGAUGAAGCGAAUUGUUGGAGUCCUGAGUGUAACCGAACUGACCGAACUUAGAUUUAGGAAAAAAUGCAACUGACUCUAUGUGAUGGAACAGGGUGAGUUGCGAACGACAGCUUCAAUGUACGAAACGGCAAAAUCUGGCCGCGGUCUCGACUGGCAACCGACUGGAAUUCAGUGUGUGCGUUAUUCGAGUGGUUCUCGCUGGAUUUACGGCUGGAGUUUGUUGUUUCCUUACUAUCUUUCCAAAUGCUGGCCAAUUGUACUCCACCACACCCAGCAUCCAAUCUGGGAAAUCCUUCAUCUUCCGGUUGACGGGAGACUAGCCGCAGGAACGUGGCCCUGUCCGGAAGCGGCAGGAUUUCGAUUCAGAUUACGAAUAGUUGAGAUACCUAGGACUAUCUAGUAUGGGUUCAGGUUUAACCUGUUUUUUAUUUUUUCGUUUUUUUAACAUUAUCAGUUCUGUUUUGUGUAAACUUAAACUUAAAAUGCAAAUAAAAAAAUGAUUUCAUGAAUGUCAAA